AUGCUGUUGAGGUCAGGGGUGAAGCAAGGAGACGUCAUAGCGAUCGCAGCGGAGAAGACCGCAGAAACCAUCGCCUCGCUCCUCUCUGUCGUCCGAUGUGGCGCUGCUUACAUGCCAGUCGACAUCUCGUACCCUCCCGACCGCCUUCGUUUCAUGCUCUCCGACACCAACUGCCGUCUCCUCCUCUGCUCUCCCGAGCAGCAGGAGCACAAGCAGACUCUCGUCUCCUCUCGCGUCGAGGUGCUCGUCGUCAAGCCCGAGGACUUGAGCCACGCGGAGGUCAACAUGGAGGAGGCUAGACGGGUACACAAGGCUCGUCCGGAGGAUCCAGCUGCCAUCAUCUUCACCUCAGGGUCAACUGGAGUGCCCAAGGGUGUCGAGAUCUCUCAGGGAGCUCUUCUUGCUCAGAACCUCGCCAUGAACCAGUCUCGCCCUCUCUCUUCCUCCGACCGCAUCGUCCAGCAGACCAUGUUGACCUUCGACGUGGCGGGCAACGAGAUCUGGUCGAGCUUCUUCUUCCGCUCUACCCUCGUCAUCGUCGACGACGCCACUCGCUUGCUCGGCUUCGAGAACUUCCUUCUCCGCAACGCCAUCUCAGUGCUCUUCAUCACCCCUAGCCACCUCGCGCUCCUCUCUCCUCCUGCCUGCGGCAAGUCUCUCAAGACCCUCGUGCUCGCCGGCGAGGCUCUUCCUCCCUCCCUCAGCGAUCGCUGGGCCUCGCAGGGAAGAGCUCUGCUCAACGAGUACGGCCCGACCGAGACCAACGUCGUCACCUCCUGCAAGGACUACCCCUGCAGCAAGUUCCCUUCCUCCGCGACCUCCAUCGGACGUCCCCUGCCCGGCGUCGUCGCCCUCGUCCUCGAUCGCCACAUGCGCUUAUCGCCUGUCGGGGUGCCGGGAGAGCUCUGCAUCGGAGGAGAUCAGCUUGCUUCCUCCUACUGGAACAGGCCAGACCUCACCUCCUCCAAGUUCGCCGACUGCAAGCUCCUGGGAGAGGGCGGGGCAGGGCAGCAGAGCAGGAGAGUCUACAGGACAGGCGACCUCUGCCGUUGGCUGCCGGAUGGAAAGAUCGAGUACCUGGGGAGGAUGGACAAUCAGAUCAAGAUCCGCGGGAUGAGAGUGGAGAUUGGAGAGAUCGAGUCAAAGAUUUCGGAGGAGGAGGACGUCAGCCAGACUGCCGUCGUGCUCCUGCAAGACAAGGGCGUCAGCACUCUGGCCGCUGCUGUGGUGCUGCGGGGGAAGACGUGGGAGGAGGAGAAGGUGGUCGAGCGGCUAUCCGCCUCCCUCCCCCAGCACAUGAUCCCUUCCUUGUUCGUGUGCCUCGAGGCUCUGCCGACCACAACCAGCGGGAAGAUUGAUCGCAAGAAGCUG